CCUUACAUGGUCAACAAGACCAGCGUCUGCAGCAGCAGCAGCAGCAGUGGCGGGGGCCUCCAGCAAGAAUAACUGUCUCACUAUUUCGUCAAUACUGCUGCUAACUUAGCAAUCUUUUUGCAAUGUAGAAGAAAGCUAUUGAUGUUUUGGGUAGACAGGCGAGUGUGUCUACACCACAUGACAGCUGUAUACAUCACCACAUGACAGCUGCAUACACCCUACCACAUGAUAGCUGCAUACACUCCACCAUAUGACAACUGCAUACAUUCCACCUGACAGCUGCAACCACUCCACCACAUGACAGCUGCAUACACUCCACCACAUGGAUAAGGUAGAUGGCUGGCAAAUGAUUUUUAUGACUUAAAACUUGUGAAAGUGUGCACUGGAAGUAAACAAUUCAAGUCACUGUAAAAAAAGGAACAAUAUCAGUUUCCCCAGUCUUGAAAAAUGUAAACAUUAUUCACAUAAAUUCAUAAAGAGUAACAUACCAAUUUUCAUUGCUUAAAAAAUUGUACAUAAAAUCUGCAGAGUAGGACCACAUCAGUGUUAAGUGUGUAAAACAAUGUAAAAUAGUAUCUGCAUUAAUAGCAUAUGUGAAAGAUCAUACCAUAAGUUGUCAUCUCUGGUAACAGAUAUGGAAACUCAUACAGAAGUAAAACCAUAUACAGAAGAGAAAACAUAUGAAUCACAAAAACCAUAUCAGGCAGAAGAGAAGCUAUGUCAAAGAGAAGAGAAAACUUAUGAAACAGAAGAGAAACAUGAAACAGAGGACCGACAGUGUCAUACAGAAGGGAAUCAAUAUCAAACAGAAAAGAACAUUUAUCGAACAGAGGAAGACCCAUAUCACUGUUCAGUGUGUCGAAAAGACUUUGAAGGCAAAUCAGAUUUCAUAUUGCAUCUGAGAAAUCAUGGAAAAGAGAAGACAUACCAGUGUUCAGUUUGUUUUAAAGGAUUUUCAAGACGGUUUCAAUUAGUAACACAUUCAAAAAUUCAUACAGGUGAGAAACCAUAUCAGUGCAUAGUGUGUUUGAAAGAGUGUACACAAAAAUCAAAUCUAUUAAGUCAUUUGAAAGUUCAUACAGGAGAGAAACCAUUUAAGUGUUUACAGUGUCCAAAAGACUUUUCAAGAAAAUCUGCUUUAGUAAUACACAUGAGAAUUCAUACAGGAGAGAAACCAUAUCAGUGUCCAGUAUGUGUGAAAGGUUUUUCAGAAAAAACUAAUCUUGUAAAACAUAUGAGGACUCAUACACAAGAGAAGAAUUAUCGAUGUUUAGAGUGUUUCAAAAACUUUACACAAAAAAUUUCCUUAGAAACUCACAUGAGAAUUCAUACAGGAGAGAAACCACAUCAGUGUUUUGAGUGUCAAAAAUGUUUUUCUCGGAAAUCAGAUCUGGUAAGACACAUGAGAGUUCAUACAGGAGAGAAACCCCAUCGAUGUACAAUGUGUGUCAAAGCAUUUGCAAAUAAAUCACAUUUAAUAAAUCAUUUAAAUGUUCAUAAAAGAGAAUCCAUUUAGAGUUGAUUGUGUCUAAAAAUAACAAAUCUGGAUUUGUAUAUGACAUGAGGGUACAGGUAGUAAUGAUACCAGGGAUCAGCGUGUGUAAAAGACUUAUAUUCCAGUAAUUCUAGUAAAGCAAGUAGGCUCAUACAGGUGGUAUAAUUAUACUGGUACAUUAUUGUUUUAUAAAGACUACACAAAGCUAAUCAGGUAAAACAAGCUAUUCAAUAUAUUAAACCUUUUUCUCUACAUAUAGCACAUAAAUGUGACUAUAUAUUUAUUCCCAUUAACUGUAUAAGUAUUUAUGGCACUUCUGCCAGAAAAAAUCAUAAAUAGUCCUCUGUUUUCUUCAAAUGCCAUUUAAGUCAUGAGAUAAUGACUCAGUGGAUGCUUCCAUCUAGCAGCCAGAGAGUGAAAUGUGCUCACCUCAGCACUGCCACUGGCAGUACCCACACUGCCAGGGUAUAUUUUAUAUUCAUACUAUAAAUAUAAGUUGUGGAAAAUGUUUUUUUCAUUCAGCCAUUAACAAUAACUUAUUUUACUUCAUUAUAUAUUGGUUAUUAAAUGAUAUACUGGUGUUUCUAUACUUAACUGAUCAUACAUUAGAGUGAUUAAUUUUGUGUUGCACAAAGUAUGUGUGCAACAUCAUUAUGAAAGGCUGAAGGCAGCAGAGACUGUGAUCAGUAUUGUUUCAACUUUCAAACAGGUUGGUCAUGUUGAUGAAGUAUCUUAUAUUGUGGCAGUUUAUAAGUGUAACUGGUAUUGUCUGGUUGUUUCAUAAGUGAAAAAAACACCACCUUGAAGUGUUGAAUGGAUUCACUGAACUGACAAAUUAAUAGGAGUAAUUACCAUCUGUGUAUAAAUUCUGUGGCCAUCAUUGGUCAAGGUUUAAAGAUCAUAAACAAAGGGUCAUGGUAGGUACUAUGACCACCCAGCUGGACGCCAAUCAGUGGGCUUGCACCAAAAGUGUGCAAUACCAAACAUCUCUAGAUGAUAGCUUUUGAAGAGUGAGGAUGCAUUGGUAAGCCCAUGACAAUUAGGCAAAGCAUUGUUUUCACACUAUAUGAUAAAUCCAUUGUAUGUAUAAAGUUUAACUGUGCAACAUCAAUGUAGAAUAGAAAAUUUAAUGUGUUAUAUUUUCAGUAUUUGUCCAGCUGAAGCCUCAAAACUUUGUAUAUCCACACUAAGCAAAGAGAUUCUUUAUAUCACGAUUAAAUAUCUUAUAAGUAGUAUAUAUUCCUAGUUAAUGGUUAGUUUAUCAACAUGCCCACAUAUAAUCAAUAAAACUUCUAUACAAUUGGGAAUGCCUCAAGCCUUUGGAUGGCUCUGCAUGGAGCAGAGACAAGAGUGACAUCUGAUAAUACAUGGAUGAUACCUGA